AUGUUUUUAUUUUACUUAUUUCUGAUAAUAAAUACUGUGUAUUCAACUACUACUUCACCAUCUUCUGAAUCUAGUUUUGUCUAUGAUAAUCAGACGAUCGGAUUGAAAAAAGGGGGUGGAGAAACAUGCAUGAGUGUUACUUUUCAAGUCAAAAUCUUGAACGAGCAGAAUAACAACAGCGUCCCGAUUGAUUUUCACCUUCCAUCUGGUCUGAUCAAGGGGAAAUGUGCUCCCGAUCGCAAAAGUGAAGCCAAAAUUUCCUCCACAAUUGAGGAAUCAGAUGGGAGAACAAAAACGUUGAAAUUUGUAUUCAGAACGGAAGAAAUGCGUGUAAAACGUGUUGACGAGUUGAGAUGGCAGCUGAAUAAGGUGGUUUAUGUGGAGAAGUUUGCGGGAAGUUCGGCAGUAUUUGAAUCGGAUAACUCUUCAGUUAUUUUCUCGGCUCCUUUGACGCAAAAAUAUGUUUGUGAGGAUAGAAUAAAUGUGACAUUACACAGUGAGAACUUUGACUUCCCAAUUCUAGUGAUGUUCUCUCCAGAAAUCGAUGUUCAGCCGUAUGGUCCGAAAAGUAAUUUCUAUUUGUGCGAGAGAACCCGAAAACGAACCCUCUCUGAAUCCCUUCAAAACCGUUCCACUGUUUUCUGCGGAGUCGUUUUGGCACUUUCAUCGAUUGCUCAUAUCGUUGGACACAUGCUUCGUCGUCACUUCAUGCCACACCGAAAAGAGCUUUACGAGAAUUUGGAUAGACUUCCAGCUAUAAACUAG